AUGGCGUUUGUGAAGAGUGGAUGGUUGCUGAGACAGAGCACUAUUUUGAAGCGCUGGAAGAAGAAUUGGUUUGACCUGUGGUCAGAUGGUCACCUGAUCUAUUAUGAUGACCAAACUCGGCAGAGUGUGGAGGAUAAGGUCCACAUGCCCGUGGACUGCAUCAACAUCCGCACAGGACAUGAAUGUCGGGAUAUUCAGCCUCCAGAUGGGAAGCCAAAAGACUGUCUGCUGCAGAUUGUUUGCCGAGAUGGGAAAACCAUCAGUCUUUGUGCAGAAAGCACAGAUGAUUGUUUGGCCUGGAAAUUUACGCUUCAGGAUUCCAGGACAAACACAGCUUAUGUUGGCUCAGAAAUCGUGUAUGAUGAGACUGCUGUGGUUUCCUCCCCACCUCCUUACACAGCCUAUGCUGCACCAACCCCUGAGGUAGGGAGGCCUAUAUCUUUUCAGCAGGCAUACGGCUAUGGUCCAUACAGUGGUGCAUACCCGCCAGGAACUCAAGUUGUCUAUGCUGCAAAUGGGCAGGCUUAUGCUGUACCCUACCAGUACCCAUAUGCAGGGCUUUAUGGACAGCAGCCUGCCAACCAAGUCAUCAUUCGUGAGCGGUAUCAAGACAAUGACAGUGACCUGGCGCUGGGCAUGCUGGCUGGAGCAGCCACAGGCAUGGCCUUAGGGUCUCUGUUCUGGGUCUUUUAG